AGAAGGGACACCUAGGCAGGGAGGGGCAAGGGCGCCCUCCUUUCCCGAACUCCCUUUUCCGGGGGCAGACGAAUUGGGGAAAUGGUUCCAAACAUUGCCCACUUCGGGCUGCUUUAAACGGCCUUUCUGUACCCUCCUGCUGCCAUCAGAUUCUUACACAUGCUCAUAAGCCUCCAGGACCGCAAAGGGGGCAUUGUUGUGGACGGGUGCAACGGCAGUGUCGCCCCUUUAAAUCCCUGACGCCCCGACUGCUCCCCGCCCACCGUCUUCCGACUGGAGAAAGCCCCACCCAUCCGGCCUCAACGGGAGCCUAGCGGCACCCUUUGGAAAAACCUGUGGGCGGAGCUGGGGGGGAGUGACGGAAGACAGGCGCAAUGAAAUCCUCAGGGCCCUCUGAGGCUCCACCCAUCCUUCCUGACCCGGCCGGGCUCCCUCCGGAGAUGCCGGGGCAAGAACGCGCAAGCGCAACAGCACUGCUUGGGCCCCAGCGGAAAGCACGCCCCUCCCUCAAGUCUUAAAGGGCCAGAAGCAGCUUCUACAGCUCUCGCCUUUAGGCACUUUUGGGGAGGCAGGGUGCGCAGGCGCAGUGGGAGAGCUCUGGGGUGGGGGUAGCGGUCGCGUAUCAAGUUGCUCUCUGUCCCGGCAGAAGAAACCAGGACGGUGAGGGUCCAGGUUCUAGCUUGCUCCCUCCUGUAUCAGUUGGAGGAGAAAAGUUUGUGAAUUGGGCCCCCAAGUUUUGGGGGACCCGGGCUUGCGGCGUGGGGUGACAGAGGAAGCUCUUUAGAGCUUCCCCCAUGGAGCCCACCCAGCCUGCAGAGGACCUCAGUGUGACCCAGCAGCUCCCCAUCCCAGAAUUUGGGGACCCUGAAGACCCUGGGGAUGAGGCCCCCGAUGGCUCAGAUACUGUGGUGCUCAGUCUUUUCCCCUGCACCCUGGAGCCUGGGAAUCCUGAACCGGAUGCUGGUGCCUCCUCACCUCAGGGAGGCAGCUCCCUGAAGCACUCAACAACCCUCACCAACCGGCAGCGGGGGAACGAGGUUUCGGCCCUGCCAGCCACCCUGGACUGCGACAACCUCAUCAACAAGCCGGACGAGCAUGGCUUCACCCCCCUCAUCUGGGCCUCUGCCUUCGGAGAAAUCGAGACUGUCCGCUUCUUGCUUGAGUGGGGUGCUGACCCCCACAUCCUGGCCAAGGAGCGGGAAAGUGCCCUGUCACUGGCCAGCAUGGGCGGCUACACAGACAUUGUGGGGCUGCUGCUCGAGCGUGACGUGGACAUCAACAUCUAUGACUGGAAUGGAGGGACACCACUGUUGUAUGCUGUGCGUGGGAACCAUGUGAAGUGCGUAGAAGCCUUGUUGGCCCGAGGAGCUGAUCUCACCACGGAGGCUGACUCUGGCUAUACCCCAAUGGAUCUUGCCGUGGCCCUGGGAUAUCGGAAAGCUUCCCCAUCUACGAAAUGGAGAGAUCCUAAUAGAACCAAACCCUUGGGGUCAUGGAGGGAUUCCUUUGAGUUUUAUCCCACUUGGGACAGAAAUCAUUCCUCACGGCCCCUCUCAUCCUUUAAUAAAAGUCACAAGUCACCAGUUUUGUUUGAUAAAGAUUGUUUUUAUGACUCUAAAAAGCCUCCAAAAGUGCUUUUUUACAAACCAUGGGGAAGUUGAGUUUCCUGGCUUGGGUGCCUCAAUCUUCCCAGAUGUACUCUGGGGAGAGUCUGGAUUUCCCCAUGUAUGAAGUACGUCCUCCAUCCAUGUCCCAGGGCCUGGAGAUCCUUCUUUGUGCCCCGAGAGGCAGGGUGCAGUUCUCAUGGUGGGAUACCCCAGCUCAUCCCCCAGGAAAGUGUACAAUUUGGCCGGUGCCCCUGCAGUCUCCAUUGGAUUCAUGGCCCACCUUUCCCCUGUCCUGUUUCCAGUGCAACAGGUGAUCGAGAACCACAUCCUCAAACUCUUCCAGAGCAACCUGGUGCCCGCAGAUCCUGAGUGAAGACUGCCUACUGGGGACUCAGAUACUCAGGGAACAAAACAAUUGACCUAGAACUAGCUUCAGAGGCAGCUCCUGGACAGACAGUGGGAGGAGAUCCUUCCCAGGAGGAACCAAUAAACCUUCUGUGUGCAUAA